CCAUAUUGCUCAGGUUUUGCUACAGUAAAAACAAAAUUCACGACAAAAAUCUACAAUUAAAAGUUGAUAUGUAAUACGUGUAUCGUUAAGGAUUAGUGCAGUCGAUGUAAAAGCUAAACCCAUUCUUUUGUCACACCGGAACCUAAAAGGGCCUUGGCAAUAGGAACCAAUGUUAAUAGCUGUUCUAAACCGGUUAAAUUUCCCUAACGGACUGGAAUGUUCACGCACCGAAAGAUUAGCAAAAUUAGCAUUAGCAGAUCAAAGAGCGAGCAUGUUGCAGACUGUAACUUGUGUGUGCAUUCAUACACGAAACGCCGAGCAUGUUUUUCAAAGUGUUAAUUAGAAGGACAAUCCCAUGCGUUGUUUUUGCUCGUUCUAUAUGUGGUUAGCUAUAUUCUGUUUUGGCUAAGGUAUCAUUGGUUGUGGUCUCCAGCGGAGCGUUACCGUUAGCUAGCAAAACAAGGAGCAACAAGGAAAACUGCCAAAUACUUCCAUUGCACCUGCUGUCGAUGUGCAGUGGCAAUUUACAACGUUUGCAUGUGAAAACCGCCCUGAAAAAAGGAAGACGUAAACUCCGGCUGCAGUGCCAGCAGCUGAUCCUCUAAGGCCCACGGGAUGGCUGCAGCAGGAUCAGGAGAUGGACCAAGCGCCAAAGAGGACCUCAUAGAUUUAUACGGCGACCUCAAUGAAAACGAGGAUAUGGUCAGAAUUGCUGAAGCAAAUGAGCUUUUUGAUGCAGUUCUGACCGGUUCAGUUAAUCAAGACAAGAAGAAUGCUACUGGUGUUCCCCCUUGUAAGGAGACACCAGCAGAAGAGGGAAGUAGAUCAACAAAAAUGGCUACAAAAAAAGUAGUGAACUCACAGAGGAGGUUGUCGUUGUACAUCGGAAAUUUUCCCUGGUGGACAUCUGACAAGGACCUUGUGUCCAUUGCCCAGCGGCUUGGUGUGAAGGACUUGACCGAGAUCAAGUUUGCUGAGAACAAAAUCAACGGCCAGUCAAGAGGGUAUGCAGAAGUAGUGGUAACCACAGAAGAGUCGCUAAAAAUUUUGCUGGAAAAAUUACCCCAAUGUGAACUCAACGGGGAAAGGAUAGACUGUCGCUUUGCCACUCGGCAGAACCUCACUGUGUUUGAGGACAUAGCGAAUAAACGUAUACCCUUGCGUGUUAAUGCCAAAGACACAAAGGAAUCUUCCAACACUUCAGAAAAGAUUCCCUCGUUAUUACCGCAGGAGCCCAGCCCUCCCCCUCUACCUCCACUUUUUCCAUCACAUCCACUUGCAAACCGGUUCCCUUCAUUACCGAACCCUUUUCUUGGUCAUCCACCACCGCCAUUCCCGCAUAUGCCGCCAACAAUCCCUCCACCCAUGCCACCCCAUUUGAUCCCCCCUCCUCUCCUCCACAUCCCCAGCCAACCAUCUCCCAGUCUGCAUAUAAAUCCUGCAUUCUUCCCCCCGGCACAAGACGCACAGAGCAGCAAAGCUUAUAACCAGCAAAGUACACCACAAAGUACAGCUGGAGAUUUUGAGGAGCUGAUGAACAGAAAUAGAGCUAUUACCAGCAGUGCAAUCACCAAGGCUGUGUCUGGAGCAACAAGUGGAGACAUGGGAGUGGCCAUGGAGACACUACUAACUGCAAUUGCCAUCAUCAAGCAGUCCAGGGUGUAUGGAGAUGAACGAUGCCAAGCUCUGGUCACCUCACUUAAAGACUGUCUAGUCUCUAUCCAGAACAACUUUGGCUACAGGAAAAGCAGCCGUUCCAGGGAGAGGGAGAGAGAGAGAGACCGGGACAGAGGUCGUGACAGAGAGAGAGAGCGUGACAGAGACCGUGAGAGGGAUCGUGAAAGAGAGGAUCUUUCUGGCUGGGAAGGUGCGGGAAUGUCUCGAAGACACAGAGAGCGUUCGUUGGGUGGAGAGAGGGACAAAGACCGCUCGCGAGAAAGGGAACGAGAAAGGGAACGGGAGAGGCACAGAGAUUACAGAGACCGAUACCGCUAACGUGACUGGUGGGCUCUCUGUGUGAAGCAGAGCGACGAAAGGACUUUUUUUUUUUUUUCAAAGUCGUAUAAGAAGCUGGAGGAAUAUAAAAUGAACCUGAAGAUAUAUACAUCAAAUAUCUCUAAAGUCCGAAGUGUACUUCCUUGGUUCUCCAGUCACAUUGAGACUUUUACUUGUUUUAAGAGAAAACCCAUGGUUGUAGGUUUCAGUGCUUGCAUGCAGUCAUAAGUAACACAUCUUAACAGCUAGUGUAAUGUUUUGAUCACCUUUUUUGUAUCAAAUCUACAAAUUAAAAAACAUUCCCUGAAAUUAUAA